AUGACCGUGUGGUCCCUGUGGAGUCUGCUUCUCUGGGAAGCACUACUUCCCUUCAUUGUCACCGGUGCCCAAGUUCAGGGCCAGGUGGGGGGCUCGGCGCUGCUGGUGGCAGAGCGCCCUCCCGGCUUCCAAAUCCGAGAGGCCAUCUGGAGAUCCCUCUGGCCUUCAGAGGAGCUCCUGGCCACGUUUUUCCGGGGGUCUCUGGAGACGCUGUACCACUCCCGCUUCCUGGGCCGAGCCCAGCUGCACAGCAACCUCAGCUUGGAGCUGCGGCCACUGGAGUCUGGAGACAGCGGCAACUUCUCCGUGCUGCUGGUGGACAAGGAAGGUCGAGCCUGGACCCAGACCCUGCAGCUCAAGGUGUAUGAUGCAGUGCCCAGGCCCAUGGUGCAAGUAUUCAUUGCUGUAUCAGGGGAUGCUCAGCCCUCCAAGACCUGCCAAGUGUUCCUGUCCUGUUGGGCUCCCAACAUCAGCGACAUAACCUAUAGCUGGCGACGGGAGGGAAACAUUGACCUUGAUAUCAAGCCAGGUGGCCUCUUCAUGGACGGACAGGUGCUGAGUGUGUCACUGGGACCAGGUGACAAAGGUGUGGCCUAUUCCUGCAUUGUCUCAAACCCUGUCAGCUGGGACUUGGCCACAGUCACCCCCUGGGAGAGCUGCCAUCACCAAGCAGCUCCAGGGAUGGCCUCCUACAAAGAUGUGCUACUGGUGGUGGUGCCUGUCUUGCUGCUCGUGAUCCUGGCUGGUCUCUCUGCCUGGCACUGGGGCCCCUGCUCAGGGAAAAAGAAGAAGGAUGUCUGUGCUGGUGAAGUGGCUCCAGAGACAGAGAACCCCCUUGUGUAG